AUGGCGGACAAUAAUGACUUAUCCAACGAUAUAGUUGCUGAGAACAAUAAUACCAUGGAAUAUGAAGACAUAGAAGAUGUGAUAAAGGGGUUAUUAGCUUUCGAUUCAUUACCUUAUGCUGGAAGUAUUUUCAAGAUAGUACCGUAUUUCCAUAUGUGUCCUCAUUCAAAGAGAUUGAUACCAAAAGAUGAUCAUUUCAAUAAAAUUUUGCGUGAGAAACCCUACUUCACAGACAUGCCAAUACCAUUACAUCCAGUACUCAAAUCAAGUAUAAAGAGUCCUCUCGAUUUAAACAAUAAAUCAUUUAAAAGAUUUUCUUCUAAGAUUCCAAUAAAAACAUUUGACUUUACUUUUGAAGAUGUUAUAGGUUUCAACGGCCAGGAAAAGUGGAAACCUAAUUUUAUAUAUAAAUGUUCUUAUAUAAGAGGUUUACAUAAAUUCAAAGAAAAGCUGUCAACUUCUAAGCUAGAUGAAAAAAAAUUAAAUGAUUGUUUAAUAAAUAAUUUUCAACACAUUUUAAAUGAUCUUAUCAAUGAAGAGAAAGAAUUCAUCAUUAAGAAAUUAGAAAAUGGAGAAGAAUAUAAUGGUACUGAUAUCCAAUAUGAUUGUUCUAAGCCAGUAUUUCCCAAUGGAAUACAUGAUUUCUUAUUUGGACCAGAUUAUAUGUUUGCCGUUCAUUUAAGUCCAUCACGAAUACCACCUAAACAAGUUUUGAAAACUUUCUUAACUGUAUUACACUCUGGUAUUAAAAUUGAAGAACGAAAUGGAUUCAUAGCAGAAUAUCGAAAUGAUGAGUAUUCAGUAUUGAUGAUUGCAGAUGAAACAUCAAUAGAGUCGGAAAUUUUGAGAGUUUGUGACUCAACAUUUCGAAGUUAUAUUAAAUUGAAUGUAAAUCAAGGAUAUCCAGUAAAACAAGAACGUCAAUCAUGGUUAAUACCUUCAAUAAAGAACUAUAAGUUGAUUGAUGCUAAACCACCACUUUAUUCAGAACCUUAA